AUGCAUAAGACGCAUCGUCCGCGCUGCAAGACCAGAAGGAAGAUUUCAGACAUCGCCACAACCCUACACAAUCCGGAUGUAUACUCCCUGCGACAAAACUGGAUGCUUCCUGAAAGAAGCAGCCACCCCAUUCUCCUUGGUCAAGUCAACUACACCGGUUGGUGGCGCGAGUUCCGCCUCGACGCCGCCGCCGAAGGCUACCUUGACCUAUACACUGGCAAAGAAAACCUUCUCCCAGUUCCCACUCGCCCAAAGAAACCAGAUACAACUCGAGCACACAAAAAGAAAACCACUCCUUGGGAAGCUCUCAGAAAAAUCAACCCCGAUCAUUCCAAGGAACACAUCUUCGGCAGCCGAGUCUAUGUCUCUAUUCCACCAGAAUAUCGCCGAAAGACCCUCCUCCAGGCUCGAGCUUAG